AUGAACAACAUAGCAGAGGUCAAACACGCCAUCCAUACAGGUUCUGUUGUUGCCAAUUUCCUUCACAAAACUAAACGUAAUCAACAAGCAAUUGCAUUAUGCAAGGAAUGUUUAGUUUUACUUGACAACCUAACGCUGGCUGUAGAGGACCACUUCGCUAAGUUAUAUUACCAUAUCUAUGUGGUGAUGUUUCGGGCAUAUUGCGACAUCUCUGAUAACGUAAACGCGGAAAGUUGCGCCAGAAAACUUCUUAUCAUGUUGGAAGACGUGGCAAACAUAUAUGCAAGACAAGGUAGGUUUGCAGAAGUAAAAGAAGUUUUUCAGAGUGCACUUGAAAUCACGAAGGCACUUGGAAAUAGAAAAUGGGAAGCCAAGGCUUGCAAAAAACUGGGAUGUUUCCUACUUUCAAUUGGUGAAUUUAAGAAGGCUAAAGGAUAUUUAAAGGACGCACUCGCUAUAACGAUUGAAAUUAGUGACAGAGAAGAAGAAGCAACAGCUUGCAGAAAUCUAGGAACUUUGUUUAUGUCACUUGGUGAAUUUCAGAAGGCUAAAGAAUAUUAUGAGAAAUCACUCCCCAUCGUGAUCGAAAUUGGUCACAGACAAAGAGAGGCAGUAACUUACCACAACCUAGGAGUUAUUUUACAGAACUUUGGUGAAUAUCAGAAGGCUAAAGAAUACUAUGAGAAAGCACUCCCUAUCGUGAUCGAAAUUGGUGACAAACGAGGAGAGGCAGUAAUUUACGACAACCUAGGAACUUUGUUCCAGUCACUUGGCGAAUUUCAGAAGGCUAAAGAAUGUCAUGAGAAAGCACUCCCUAUCAUGAUCGAAAUUGGUGACAGCAAAGGAAAAGCACAAACUUACGGAAACUUUGGAACUUUGUUAAAGUCACUUGGUGAAUGUCAGAAGGCUAAAGAAUACUAUGAGAAAGCACUCCCUAUCGUGAUCGAAAUUGGUGACAAACAAGACGAAGCACAAACUUACGGAAACUUUGGAACUUUGUUACAGUCACUUGGAACUUUGUUCAAGUCACUUGGCGAAUUUCAGAAGGCUAAAGAAUACUAUGAGAAAGCACUCCCUAUCAUGAUCGAAAUUGGUGACAAACGAGGAGAGGCAGUAACUUACUCCGACCUAGGAACUUUGUUCCAGUCACUUGGCGAAUUUCAGAAGGCUAAAGAAUGUCAUGAGAAAGCACUCCCUAUCAUGAUCGAAAUUGGUGACAGACAAGGAGAAGCACAAACUUACAGAAACUUUGGAACUUUGUUAGAGUCACUUGGUGAAUGUCAGAAGGCUAAAGAAUACUAUGAGAAAGCACUCCCUAUCAUGAUCGAAAUUGAUGACAGACAAGGAGAAGCAAUAGCUUGCGGCAACCUAGGAACUUUGUUAGAGUCACUUGGUGAAUAUCAGAAGGCUAAAGAAUAUCAUGAGAAAGCACUCCCUAUCAUGAUCGAAAUUGGUGACAAACGAGGAGAGGCAGUAAUUUACGACAACCUAGGAACUUUGUUCCAGUCACUUGGCGAAUUUCAGAAGGCUAAAGAAUAUCAUGAGAAAGCACUCCCUAUCAUGAUCGAAAUGGGUGACAGACAAGGGGAAGCAAUAACUUACGGAAACCUAGGAGUUUUGUUAAAGUCACUUGGCGAAUUUCAGAAGGCUAAAGAAUGUCAUGAGAAAGCACUCCCUAUCAUGAUCGAAAUUGGUGAAAGACAAGGGGAAGCAAAAACUUACGGAAACCUAGGAAUUUUGUUAAAUUCACUUGGUGAAUGUCAGAAGGCCAAAGAAUAUCAUGAGAAAGCAUUCUCCAUCAUGAUCGAAAUUGAUGACAGACAAGGAGAAGCAAUAGCUUGCGACAACCUAGGAACUUUGUUACUGUCACUUGGUGAAUAUCAGAAGGCUAAAGAAUAUUAUGAGAAAGCAUUCGACAUCAUGACUGAAAUUGGUGACCGGAAAGGAGAAGCAACAGUUUAUGGAAACCUAGGAACUUUGUUCCAGUUACUUGGCGCAUUUCAGAAGUCUAAAGAAUAUCGUGAGAAAGCACUCUCCAUCAUGAUCGAAAUGGGUGACAGAAGAGGAGAAGCAGUAGUUUACGACAGCCUAGGAACUUUGUUACGGUUUCUUGGUGAAUAUCGUGAGGCUAAAGAAUAUCAUGAGAAAGCACUCCUCAUCAUGAAGGAAAUUGGUGUUAGGGAAGGAGAAGCAAAAGUCUAUGGAAACCUAGGAACACUGUUUUCUUCGCUUGGAAAAUACAAACAGAGCGCCAAAGAAUAUUACGAGAAAGCGCUUGCUCUCAGUAUUAAGACGGGCGAUAAAGUAGGCGAAGCACAAGUUUAUGCAAACAUCGGAUCAUUAUUUCUAGAGCUUGGCGAAUACGGCAAGGCAGAAGAAUACCUCGAAAGAUCCCGCUCUAUUAGCUGUAAUGUUGGUGACAAUUUGCUGCAGCUUUCAACUCUGUUCUUGCUUUCAAACUUGAAGUCACAGCAAUCCAAGUUUCAAGAAGCGCAUUCGCAUCUCCAGGAAGCUAUUCAGAAAUAUGAGAAAUUGCGAAAUUCUCUACACGGAAAAGAGCAGUUGCAAGUAUCUUUUUUAGAAAAAACGGGUACGCAUCUCUACAAAGGACUCAGUGCACUAGUUUGUUUUAGGACAGGAAAUCCUCGAGAUGCACUAUAUAUUGAAGAGCUGGGACGCGCUCGAUGCCUGGGGGAGCAGAUGGCAGCCAAAUUUUCCGUUGAAUAUCACAUCUCAGCGGUACCAAGAUCAUGGUCCAAGGUUGAUAAGAUUUCAAACAAAGAACGUCACUCUACUUUCCUGUACGUUUCGUAUUAUGCACGAACAGUUCAUAUUUGGGUUCUGAAGCCAAACGGAGACACUUUGUUUCGAUGUUCCCAAUGGAUCGAUGACAAAACCCUUAUUGACGAGAAAGCCUUUGAUUUGAACAGUUUUUUCAACAAAGGUCUUCGUGGCUUUGGCAUUUUACCAAGACAGAAAUGCGAAGAUCGUUCUUUGAGUGAAACCAUGCUGAUAUCACCUGAUGAUGAAAGCGAAACAAAUCUGCGAGGCGAAGAAACUCCAGAAACUGAAAGAAGACUUAAUCUUUGUUCCAAACUGAUCAUUGCUCCAGUAGCUGAUUUACUCAGCGACCCAGAAAUCAUCAGCGACCCAGAAAUCAUCAUUGUUCCGGAGCGUAGCUUGUACCGAGUUCCAUUUGCAGCCCUACGUCAACAGCCAGGCGGAAAGUAUUUAUCGGAGACUUUCAGAAUCCGCAUCGUCCCUUCUUUGACGACUCUGAAGCUCAUUCAGGACUGCCCAGCGGACUACCAUUGUCAGACUGGUGCUCUAGUUGUGGGUAAUCCUAAGGCAGGAAAGGUGCAUUACAAGGGAAAAACCCCGACCCUUGUUGAUUUACCUGGUGCAAGAAAGGAAGCAGAGAUGAUCGGACGACUACUGGGUGUCCAGCCUUUGUUAGGAGAGUGUGCGACCAGAGAGGCGGUACUUCAAGCGAUCAACUCAGUGAGUCUGAUUCAUAUUGCGGCACAUGGUAACGCUGAUACUGGAGAGAUCGCCCUUUCCCCUCGUCCUACUGCUAAAAGUAUUCCAGAAGAAGAAGACUACCUCUUGAGGAUCUCUGAUAUUUCACAAGUUCAACUGCGAGCUAAACUGGUAGUACUCAGCUGUUGCCACAGUGGGCGUGGAGAGAUCAAAGCCGAGGGAGUUCUUGGAAUCGCUCGAGCAUUCUUGGCAUCCGGUGCACGAUCAGUGCUGGUGACACUGUGGGCCAUAGAGGACGAAGCAACAUGGCAGUUCAUGAGCCGUUUCUACAGACACCUUGUUGACGGAUUUAGUGCCAGUGAAUGUCUCCACCAGGCCAUGAAAUGGUUGAGGAACACCGGCUUUACCAAAGUCUCCCAGUGGGCUCCAUUCAUGCUGAUUGGAGAUAAUGUCACAUUUGACUUUAAGAAAGAAAGGAAAGAAAAUCUUGACUGUGACGAAAAAGAAUGAGAGCUGCCAGAGAAAUUCAGUAAAGCCCUUUGGAGGACUCCCAUAAGCUUGUCCUUGUAGACGAUGUCAAAUUGUAAGUUAAUUUCAUAUCUAAAAGUCAUGUUAGUAUGUGUAACUUUGUAUCAUUCUCCAACAGAGGUGUUGUUUUGAUAAGAAAGACAAUGACUGUGGAGGAGAUUGAUAUAUAUUCAGGCUCUGUGGCAGGUUCA